AUGGGCAAAGAAAAGGAAAAACGAAAAGAUAAAGAAACAAAAAAAGAAACAAGAAAAAACUGGAAAAUUGGGACAUGGAACAUUAAAAGUAUACAAGGUAAAGAAAAUGAAUUAGAAGAAGAGUUUGAAGAGCUAGGUCUUGACAUUUUGGUGAUAACAGAAACUAAGAAAAAGGGACAAGGGAUAACAAAGUUACACAACAAUAAUAUAUUAAUUUUUAGCGGAGUAAAACUAAACGAAAGAGCAGCUGCUAGAGUCGGGUGUAUAAUAUACAAGGAAUUAGAGGAGGAAAUAGAGGAAUGGCAGGCUUGGUCGGAAAGAAUACUUACAGUUGCAAUAAAGAACAAAAAGAAAAACAUACUAAAAACAAUCAUUAUAGUCUAUGGCCCCAAUGAGAAUGAUACAAAAGACAUAAAAGACAAAUUUUGGGAAAAAUUAUCACUAGCAACAGAAGGAUCUAGGGGAGAAUUGUAUAUAGCAGGAGAUUUUAAUAGCAGAGUAGGAAAAAAAGAUAAAACAUACAAUACAGUGAUAGGUGAUUAUGGAGAAAAUACAAGAAACAACAAUGGUAAAAGAAUGCUAGACUUUUGUAUAUUCCAUAACUUAAUUAUAACAAACACAUUUUUUGAACGCAAAAACAUACAUAAAUAUACAAGAGAAGUUAAAAGUAGGGACGAAAAGUCAAUUAUAGAUUUCAUACUAAUUGAAAGAGCAAACAGAAAAAUGGUGCUAGAUACAAGAGUUAGAAGAGGACCAGAAAUUGGUAGUGACCAUUUUUUAGUGGUGUCAAAAAAUAUACAGAAAUCAAAGAAAAUAAAAUAA